AUGUACGGGCUGGGCAGGUCAUCCAGUAACGUAGCUCCGUUGGCCAAUCAAUGGCUGCUUCCUGCUUACGUCAAAAUCGUCACCUCGGAGCAGUUCGCACCAGGAAUAAGAGAGUCCCCUAAACCGGGCAAAGUGUGGGUGGGUACCGGCAGUGGACAGGCCCUUAAAUGGUGCGGUGUGGUGCAGAACCGAUGUAGAUUUGCUCUCCUUCUCACCACUGAUGGCAACAAUCCUAGUAGAACACCAACGCUGAACCGUAAACGCAACAAAGUCUUCAAACCUUCAGAGCCAAAUUUCCCUCCACUGCCUGGAUUUAUUCCUCUCAAGCCGUGUUUCUAUCAAGACUUUGAGGAGAUCCCUGAUCAGCACCGUAGCAUGUGCAAGAAAAUGUACCACCUGUGGAUAUUGAACAGUGUCACACUUGCAGUAAAUCUCAUUGGCUGCUUUGCCUGGAUGUUUGGGGGCGGUGGAGUGACCAACUUCGGACUAGCCAUCAUCUGGCUCCUAAUGUUCACUCCUUGCUCCUACGUGUGCUGGUUUAGACCCAUCUACAAGGCCUUCAAGACUGACAGCUCUUUCAACUUCAUGAUGUUCUUCUUUGUGUUCAUGGCACAAGUUGGAAUCAGCAUCAUCCAGAGCAUUGGCAUCCCUGGAUGGGGAGUAUGUGGUUGGUUGGCCACCAUCUCCUUCUUCAGCUAUAACAUUUUGAUUGCUAUAAUCAUGCUGGUCCCUACAAUCAUGUUCACUGCUGUGGCCUCGCUGUCCUUCAUAGCACUCACUAAGAUCCAUAAUUUCUACCGAGGUACUGGUGCCAGCUUCUCCAAAGCUCAGGAGGAAUGGUCCACAGGAGCCUGGAAAAACCCCCAUGUCCAGGCAGCAGCCCAGCAGGCCGCCAUGGGUGCAGCUACCGGAGCCGUGCAAGAGCAGUUCUCCAGCCCACAUUACGACAACCAGAUGUAGCAUCAUGCAGAGGUGUCGCUGAUGUAAGGCCAACACUGGAGCAUGAAAGGUCCAAAUCAUCUCGCAUCAAAGGUGAUUCAUAAAACCAAAGAGAAGCCUUCAGUGCUUCAAUUGUCAGGCAACAAAAC